GCAUCCCGCACUCGUCUGCAUACCUGCCCUCACCCUCACACCAGGAACACACACAACAUCCAUAACCGAAGAAUGCCUCCAAAAGGAGGAAACGCGAAGAAGGAGUCCGGCCGGGCGAAAAAGGCCGAGAACGAGGCCAAGAAGGCGUCCGCGGCGGACGCUGAGAAGGAGCGCAAGGAGGCAGAGAAGUGGGCUGCUGGUGGAAAGGGGCCCAAGCCGAAGGAGGACAAGGAGGAGAAGCGCCGCGCUGAACUCGCCCGCAAGGCUGAGAACGCGCGUAUCCUCGCCGAGGAGGAGGCCAGUGCACCCGCCAAGGUGAAGACACCACCAAAGGCAGGCGCUAAGAAGGCUGCGCCGAAGGUCGUCAAGCCCGCCGGUCCUGGCGCGAUCGCUGCAGGGGGCGGCCUCGGGGCGUCGGGCGCGAGCACGCCGGCGGAGGUGGACGAUGGGAAGCCUGCGGAGGUCGAGGUGUACUCUGCGACCGGCAUCGACAACGCGAUAGACUUGCUUGGGGUCGUCACGGCGAAGAUGGAUAAGGCGAGCGUCGGGUCGCAGGCGGCGAACAUCGAGAGGCAUCCAGAGAGGAGAUUCAAGGCCGCAUUCGAGGCCUACAAGGAACGUGAAAUGCCGAAGGCCCGACAGGAUCACCCUGGAUUGCGCAUGCAGCAGUACCAAGAUCUGCUAUACAAGCAAUUCCAGAAGUCACCAGAGAACCCCUUCAAUCAAGUCACGGUGUCAUACGACGCCUCGAAGGACGCGAGGGUGGAGGCACUCAACCAGAAGAACGCCGAGAUCGCCCAGAGGUUGCGGGAGAAGUCGUCGUAGUGUGUCUGCCGAAUGCUGUGGCACAGGCAUGUGUAGGAUAAUGGCACCAGAUGCUCCCUCUCAACAGAGCGCUGAUGUAUCUGCGGUAAUGUAAUUGUGUAUUCCUUCGUGUACUGUAUAAGCGGUGCUCGUGUCGGACGCCAGGCCAUUCCAAGUCAUUCAGCA